AUGGCGAACUGGAAAGUGUCACCAACUGAUGGCCAAGAAGCUGCCACUAAUUACGGCUCAAUAUCUCCCCCAUAUCUUAACUGGCAGGAAGCUGUACCUGAUACCGCUAGUUUUCCACCGCCGCCAGCAUUAGGCUUCUUAUCGUCGAGAAACGGAAAUGCCUCUAGAGACGAUGCAGAACGUGCACAUGAGUUUUGUGACAAGUUUCCUCUACACCUGCCUGUUAAGCCAUCAGCCACUGUGUAUACGUGUGUACAAGAGCAUGACCUCCGUCCUGUGCUGCCAAAAGAAUUUCAUGGUACCUUUGCCCUUGUUUCUCAAGGCUACUGGAAGGGAUCUACCAGGGCUAGAAAUGGUGAUACUUUGGUAUCAACAAAUCUUCCGCUUUAUUUUCCCACUGUGGACUCACCUUUCAUUACUGAGAAGAGUAAAACUAUAUACUUCGAAGUCAAAUUGCUCGGAUUCCGCGAAGGGCCAGGGCCGGUAUCUACUGAUUCCAGUGGGUUCUCUAUUGGGUUCACAGCGCAUCCAUAUCCGUAUUGGCGGUCUCCCGGCUGGGAAAGAGGAAGCAUUGGCGUAUUCUCUGACGAUGGGUGCCGUUUUGUGAAUGAUUCGUGGGGUGGCAGAGAGUUCACAAGUGCAUUCGCUGUGGGUGAGACUGUGGGCUUGGGGAUGACUUUUCGCCGCACAGACAACUCGAGCACAGAUUUAAAAAGCAACAUUAAGAAGUGUAAAGUUGACAUCUUCUUUACUCGGAAUGGUCACCCGGUAGGAGGUUGGGACCUUCACGAAGAAAUUGAUGAAGACGCUGGAAGGAUUGAGGGAUUAGAGGGAGACUUCGACCUUUACGGUGCGAUUGGGUUGUUUGGGGGCGUAGACUUCGAGACGUGCUAA